AUGGUUUACCCCAUCCUGUGGAGCCCCAGGCACCCCAGGCAGCCCCAGGCACCCCCAGGCAUCAGGAAUGGUUUGCCCCAUCCUGUGGAGCGCCAGGCACCCCAGGCACCCCCAGGCAUCAGGAAUGGUUUACCCCGUCCUGUGGAGCCCCAGGCACCCCCAGGCAUCAGGAAUGGUUUACCCCGUCCUGUGGAGCCCCAGGCACCCCCAGGCAUCAGGAAUGAUUUACGCCGUCCUGUGAAGCCCCAGGCGCCCCCUGGCAUCAGGAAUGGUGUACGCCGUCCUGUGGAGCCCCAGGCACCCCCAGGCAUCAGGAAUGAUGAUGGUCCUUACUCUAAAGGGAACAAGGACUCACAAGGGACAGACAAUUCCCUGACCUCCAGGAGACAGAGUAUCCCAGAAGAUCUGCGGGGCGUGACGAUAGUGGAGCUGAUUAAGAAGGAAGGCAGCACCUUGGGCCUCACCAUCUCUGGAGGAACAGACAAGGACGGAAAGCCCCGCGUCUCCAACCUACGACCAGGAGGACUGGCUGCCAGGAGUGAUCAGUUGAACGUGGGCGACUACAUUAAGUCAGUGAAUGGUAUCAACCUGACUAAGCUGAGACACGAAGAGAUCAUCAGUCUGUUGAAGAACGUGGGAGAACGAGUUGUCCUGGAAGUGGAGUACGAACUACCCCCAUCAGCACCAGACAGUACCUCAGGUGUGAUUUCCAAGACAAUGGAGAUAUGUUUGCACAAAGAAGGGACCAGCUUCGGCUUCGUCAUGAGAGGGGGCUCACACGAAGACUGGAACAAAUCUCGCCCCCUAGUGGUGACAUACGUCAGACCAGGAGGUCCUGCAGACAGGUGAUGUGGAUCAUGGUGUGACACCUUAUUCCCCAGGAGCACAGGGUCAGCUAGAGCACAGGGUCAGCUGGAGGAGCACAGGGUCAGCUGGAGCACAGAGGAGCACAGGGUCAGCUAGAGCACAGGGUCAGCUGGAGGAGCACAGGGUCAGCUAGAGCAAAGAGGA